AUGAACUAUUACAGCAGGUAUACCAUUAUGCUGCGCUUACGCGCCUAUUAUAUUACCGACCUAUUCCGGAGUUUGCCUAUUACGUCCGUCUUCCCAAAUCAGUCUCUGUUUUACCCUCCCUCCUUACCCGAAAUCGACCUCCACCCUCUCCCUCCCAACAUCAACAGAAGCUGCCAGCAAAGUCACGUCCACCAAUUCUCCCACGUUUCCCUUCCAGAGGAGUUGAUACCAAAACUUGAUCUUGCUAAGAAACAUAUAUCAUCUCAACUCCAUGUAAAUUUGCCAGAUAUCGAAGUUAGACAAUUAGUUGCAACUGGCAUCAUUUUGAAAGGACUAGGUGCUAUUCUGUUUGUAUUUGGCCAUGGAUUCGGAGCCUUACUCCUGUUUGUCUACUUGUUAGUUAGCACACCACUUCUCUAUGACUUCUACAACUAUCGUCCCAAUGAACCCCAAUACUCUGUUCUGCUUGGUGAUUUCUUGCAGUGUGUUGCGCAAUGUGAUGCAUUAAUUUUCUUUGUGGGGAUGAAGAACUCGAUGCCAAAGAGGCAACUAAGGAGGAAGGCCCCGAAGCAAAAAGCUACUUAGAUGUAAUCAAAGAAGUAAAAUUUUGGCAAUCUCCAAUAGUGAGGAAGAAAGUAGCGAGGAUGAGGAACUUCCUGUGGCUGCUGAAAACGGAAAAGCUAAGACAGAUGCAAAAAUAGCCAAAGCUAAUGCUGGGAAACCUGAUGCUGUAAAACAAGCUGUCAAGAUAGCAGAACCAAGCAAUAACAAGAAAAAUGAGGACGAUGAUGAUGAUAGUGAUUCCGAGGAUGGAAGUGGUUCUGAUGAUGAAGAUGAUUCCGAGGAUGAAGACGAAGAGACGUCUGUGGAUGAAAGUUCAGAUGAGGAUGGGGAGACACCUAAGAAGGUUGAGUCGAGCAAAAAGAGACCAGCAGAAGCUGCAACACCUGUUUCUGCAAAGAAGGCCAAACCUGUUUUAUCUGUUCUUUAUUAACUGAAACAUUUGUACUAUUGAAUCGGUUGCCCCUUCUCUAUUUUCCAUGACAAUUUGAUUGUGUUCAAACAAAAUUGAGGGGUUUAAAGCAAAAACUUCUAUUUCCUUGUUUGGAAUAUUAAUAUUUGAUGCAACCAUUUAUGUAUUCAAUAAUGGAGCUAGAAAUUGCUUA